CUGACACCAUGGGUGCCUGCCUCUGCAAAGGUCACAAAGAGCUCCACCAUCCCAUGAAAGCACGGCAGGACCAGACUGAGGAGGUCCAGCCGUCCUCUGUUAAGGAUGGCCAGAAUCCGUCCAACGGCAGUGUGUCAGAUAAAAGCAACGGGUAUGAUAUCGGCGAGCUGGCCACCUCCUCUUUGAUGGGUCUGGUGGCCACGAUAAAGGAGCACAUCACCAAGCCGACAGCGAUGGCACAGGGCCGAGUCGCUCACCUUAUCGAGUGGAAAGGUUGGGGUGGAGGCGGCGAGGCCAGGGGGGGCAGCGGGGCCCGGGGCGGAGGAGGAUGGGGGGGCAUGGGGGCCGAGAUGCAUGAGGACGAGCAAUUCUACUCCCAAAUGACGGACGAAAUCAAGGAAGCCCGCUUCGCUGCAGGAGUAGCAGAGCAGUUUGCGCUGGCCGAGGCAUCCAUGAACAUGUGGUCCCUGAAUGACAGAUUAGAGCCGCCCUCCACCAGUUUACAAGCUGCACAAAGCCACUUCCUGUCCCAGUUCCUGCUGGACGGUGGAAGCGUCAGCGUUCCUCAGCACCUGUACAGCAUCCACGCCCAGAUGUACGGCGACAACAGAGCGGCCCACCUGGCGUGUCCGCCGGUGGUCCGCACCAUUUCCCCGACGUCCAACGGCCAGCAGGACCGAGGUCGUCCCCUCGAGGGCCGAAGCACCGCGGCUGCAGAGGCUGCUGUCCGACACGUAGACAGCAGCUCGCUCUCCGAGGACGACGUUUUUUAUAACUAG